AUGGCUGCUGGUGAUUCCAAGUCUGUGAUUCCUCUCGAAUCCAACCCCGCAAUUUUCAGCGAAUUAGCAUUCAAACUUGGCCUUUCUCCAGUUGUAGACUUUCACGAUGUCUAUUCUCUCACAGACACUGAGUUGUUAGCGUUCUUGCCCAAUCCCGUCUAUGCCGUUAUAUUGCUCUUUCCCUUGACCGAGUCAUACGAAAACUACAGGAAGACCGAGGAUCUGAACAUUCCACAAGCUUAUCAUAAUCAACAUAUUGAAACCAUCAAGUGGUUUAAACAGACCAUUGGAAAUGGCUGCGGCUUAUACGCACUUUUACAUGCUUUGGGAAAUUUGCCCAAUGAUCUCAUAAUAUCUAACCUGGUCUUGUCCAGCUUGUUGGCGAAGUUGGACCAACGUGUUUCUGUUGAAGAAGUUUCAAAAAUCGUAGAAGAUCUAGAAGCAUCAAUCAAACUUGAUCAGAAUUACGGUGAAAAGGGCCAGACUUCUGUUCCCGCUGCAGACGAAGAAAUUUACUUCCAUUUCAUCACUUUUGUCAAAGGAAAGGACAAUCAUUUGUAUGAACUCGAUGGAAGGAGAAACGGGCCAAUUGAUCUUGGUCCUACUGACGAACACAAUACCAGCAUUAUCUCAGUUCCACAAUUGACCGAGAAAAUACAGUUUUACAUCAAUAAUGCGGAUGAGGCAAACAAGCACAACUUUGCCAUGAUGGCCAUUGGCCCAUCGUUGGAUUAA